AUUUGUUGAAUAGUGGUGCUGUCAUGUUUUGGUUUACUCGAUUAACCCACAUGCGCAGAACACACUAGAGAGACCAAAGUCAGUUCAGUGAUUUAUUAUAAACACGGUGCAAAAUGUGAAUAACAUCCAGGAUGUGACACUCGGGAGGGCGGAACCGGACCAACGGUCUUCCUGAAGAGGAACACAGAAGUGAGAACAGAGUGACGGGAGGGAAACGGAAGUUCAGCGGUUCGAGGCCUUACUUGCUGGUGGAUAAAGCGGAGCUGAGGGGGAUAGGCAGCACGGUGGAUCAGGGGUUGGAGCAGAGAGGACGGGCGACGGCGGCGUUGGAGGGCGGACAGGUGAGACAGGCUCUUCGGGAAACAAGGAGGACCAGGUCGUGUGGUCUCGAUGAUUCUUCCGGCCACUGGGAAUCCAGACGGACAGAAUGCCGGCAGUUCCGCGGCAACGAAACCUGAGGCGAGGUCACAAGAGCAGAAUUUUAGAACAGAGCAGGUGGUCUGAGGUCAGCAAUAAACUGGAUCUACCAUUUACAAGCUAACACUCUGGCACUAGAGUGUUGACGAUGUCCUCCUGAAAUACUCCUCCCAACAAGGUAAGUGGCAGCAGGUGUGCCGGUAGGAUCCGCCGACCAUCGUGGUGGGCGUACCACGAUGUUCCUCAACGCCCCCUGGUGGAGAAGGCCGCAGGAACCUCAUCCAGUCCUCCGGAGAUCCACAACAGGCUCUCCUGCCAUGGAUCCGUUCCUGCUGACUGUCAUCUUGGGUUCAGGGUCAUGUGCAGUCUUCUGUUUAGUGAUACUGCUGCUGGUGGUGGUGCUCUACAGAAAGGAUCUACUCUGCUGCAGACUCAGGCCCUGCAGGACACAGGAAUAUGCGAAUGACCUGCCCCAGUACAGCAGCAGACAUUCUCUCUUUGGCAUCGCCCACCGUGGGCACAAUGCCGCCUUGAAUCAGCGAGCGAUGGGAUCACAGCUUCCCGGAACGCUGUUUAUCAUCGGAAAGCCAAACGACUACCACCUGUCGGGCCCGCAGCCACGACUGCCGUCUUACGAAAGCGUGCGGAAGAAGGACCGCCAAAGACAGAUCCACAGCAUGAUCGCUCGGCGCUUUGGCCUGGAUAGCAGUCACGAUGAGCCGCCACCAACAUACGAGGAAAUAUUUUAUUCUAAUCCACAAGCUUCUCCAACCAACAAUGAAUCUUUGGACGUUCACCUGUCCAUAAACGCCUCACACUCGCGUGAAGAAACACGUGGCACAGCGGCGCAGAGUUACGCCUCUGUCUCCCCGAUGGGCAAAGAAGACCCCCGCUGCCAAGACAUGCCCACUGUUUCUGCUAACCGAACGGCCGUUUGAGUCAGAGCUGAUGAAUCGGUUCAAUUCUUGGGAGUAUUCACGCGAUAAUGACUCUGACUCAAGCUGUGCGCUCCUCCAGCCCGAGCCGAGCAUGACUGUGCUGCCUUUUUGCUCUUUCAAAGGGUGGUUCAAAACCGGCCUGACAGACACGAUGAUUAGCAAAAGGGCACAAACCGUUGCUGAAGGUGCCAGGUUUUUCCAAAGUGAAAAAGUAAAACGAUUAGAAAAAUUUCAGUGCCACAGAUUCACAAAGAUUCUUCACAAUUCAACUAAAAAGAAGCAAUUUUGUCAGAUGGACCAAAAAUAAAUAAAUCUGCAUCAACCUGUUGCUAUAAGUGCAUAUGGAAAAUAUUUGAUUUCAUGUACCUUUUCAGAAUUCACUCAUCUUGGUUGCUGUAUUAACAUUAAUCAUAGCAAAUCUGAUGAUGAAUUUAGCAGUGCAUGUUGGAUUUUCUGAACUUUGUUUGUAAAUUGUUGUUAAUAAAUGCACUUGGCUUAUUUGGCACUUCAACAACCCAAAGCACGCCAGCAGGUCCUCCUCCGAAAUGCUAAUAAAAACCCAAAUGAAUGUGUUGCAGCGGACUAGUUAAAGUCUUGGCUUAAAUCCAACUAUGAUGUUGUGGACUGACCUUAAACAGGCCGUUAAUGGAAAACCCUCCAGAGUGACUGAACUGAAAUCAAUAAUGAGUGAUCUAAGUUCCUGAGCAGUGACUUAUUACCAGUUCUUACAAAUGCUCUACAUCCUAGGAGAUGACAAAUAGCUAACCUGUGUGUUUUUCACAACACUCAAUGUUAGACCAAGCAUACAAAUACUGAAAACGCUGUUAUUAAUUUGCUCUGAUAUUAUAAUGCAAUGUGCUUCAACUCAUAUUAAAUUUUCAUCACUGAACUA